AUGUAUGGGUAUUUCACAAAUGGUAGCCAGUUCGAGAACUCACCAGAAGAGCUUGCAAAGUACCGGCAGGAAUACCUGCGCGUUGUCAAGGCUCUGGGAUCGAACAAUGACGGCACAGGGCCAGAAGAAGUGGACGUCACAUUGACUCGUCAGUCGCUUGUCAUGAAGAGCAUUUGCAUAGCAGCAGGGAACUUUGUUUCAACCUGGCCAAUAGUGGGAAAGGUGUUCAAAGAAAUCGCGCGUCUCGUUGGCCCAGAGGCCUAUCAAGAAACGGAAGGGAAGAUCCCCAAGCAGGGUGGCGGGAAGGAAGACUUAGACGCACCACAGAACCCCGCGCAUGGCAAAAACAAAGCAGGAGACGAAGUACAAGAAGAGGCAGAAGGCGCCAAUUCUGGGUUGGAGAGCGAUAGCGAGGAAUCUUUCAUCUGGAAGGACGACAUGGGAGAAUUUCGGUUAUGGUUAAUCGCUCACACUCUCGUGGACGAUAGCCUAGACGAGCAGCGCAAAGCAUUGCUGAAAGAAGGGUUCGAUCGAUUGCUUGCCCGAGGAUGA